AUGAGUAGCAGAGAGUAUAAGAAAGCCGUAGGCAGAAACAAUGCUUUCGAAGGAAACUUACAGAAGAACUUGGAUGACAUCGAAGGCCAAAGGAAUCGUUUUAUCCGUUCGCAGAGGGAAAAGAAGUUGAAAUUCAUACAUAAAGUAUCGUCACUACCGAAGCUUCGUCUUCCGCUGCGUAAUGCGACCGAGGAAAACAUAGCGAAAAGUCCUGCAGCAAUUUCUCGACAUCUCUCUCUAGAUGAUUCGACUCUGAGCGAGCUGCAUGAAAAACGAUUAGCUGCAGAGAAAAGGUUUUCUAUACCAUGUUUGACAACAUCUUUUACAGUAGCACAGGACAGCAGCGCUUUAAAGAAGCUUGGAAGCGGGCGAGAAACCAACAACCUUGGGACUGUUUCCUUAGAAUCCCACGCCAUUUUGACCAAGUCACCGCAAACGCGAAGAAUCUUGUUAGAUCGACAGCUGUCGUUGCCAGAAUCAUUGAACACAGCUGUCGAAUCAGGUCAUAGCCUUAACGAUGGUAUGACUGGUGGUCAGAAUGUCCCGCGCAUUUCAGAAGUGGGUGCCCGGCGAAAUGUGAUGGUUUCUGCGCCGUUUGUCUCUCUGGGAACACAGCUUCCUCACUCGCCUCUCUUGCAGAGAAAGCAGCGUUCCAUGUCUUUGGAUCCUACUGAUCUAGGACAGCAGCAGCAGAGUGUCUCGUUACCCGCUUCUCCUUGUUUUCGUCGGCGCCGUGCUCAGACGUGGAACCCAGAAAAUCAACAGUGGAAAGAAGUGCGAGCAGAACUAGGGAGACUACGUUCAUUAGGUAUUAACCGUGAGGAAACCUCUAAAGUUGGACAAAAACCGAUUGAGUCUAGUUUUGAAAAGUUAAAUUUAGUCGAUUCAGUUCAACUGUGUAUGAGACAAACCGGGAGAUCGGAGGAUGCGGCAGUCAACGCCUUGAAGAAUGGAAUUUGCAAACCCAGUGGUGAAGUAAGUUUAUUAACAUUCGUAACUGAAUAUUAAGAACGCAUAUCCCCCAAAACGGCGGCUUCUUGAUCCUACCUAAAAAAUUCCUUGAAGAGUUCAGAUAAGCUCAAUUUGAAAGCCGAUUUCUUUCUGGUGUGCUUUUAAAUCCGGUUCGACUCCACAGUGACGGGUGUUUGCUGUCUUCGCCAAAUUCAAGACGAAAACAGGGAGUGAUUUUGCUCCAAACGACAUAAGUCCUCCCUACAAUCCAUGUCAAGUCAGCAAAAAUUUGCAUACAUAACAUUUCAAAUGGGAUUGCUUUUUUAACAGUAGCUCUACGUUAUUACUCGGUGUUUCACUUGAAAUUUUUGGUUUAUAGUCUUACACGUUUCUCAACUAGAGAGUGGUGAGACGUUGUUUGUUCUAUUGGACAGGUCCUCUGCACAAAAUUCUACCACUUAAAUGCUUGGCUUCUUACAAUAGUUUUACUUUUGUGGAGUAAAGUACGCCUUGCUGCCUGGUGCCACCUUACUUCACUGAUAUGGCUGGGUGUCUCUUAACUCAGUAAUAAACGAUAUGGCUGGGUUAACUCAGUAAUAAAUGAUACUCUGUGCCCUUCCACAAACAACCAACGGUGGUUGUUUGGUUACUAAGCAGCACUAUAGUUUUGCCUGGAAUAAACUUUUACAAACGUACUCUCCAGCCACCCUGCGCGCGCGCUGAGUGUAUACUUUUUACGGAUUGAAGAGGCUCCUUUGAAGCAUCAAUCGCAUGUUGAUUUGAAUUUUACGCGAGUCUAGAUAAGUUUGUAAGUUUUGGAAACUAAAGCACUUACAGCUUCCGCUCUGAGGAUCAUGGGAAAAGGUCCCCAGAGCAGAUAGGUUUGCAAAGGGAUUUGCAUCGUGAAUGUCUUGUGGACCGCUGGAAACACUUAAGUUUGUAACAGUGUGGUUACAAACUAUAACUCAUUCGUAUGGACAUAGCUUGCAGUCGUAGCAGCCGUAGCGUCGGGUCGAUGACGGCUUAUAAAUCUAAAGUCGGAGAAGGCAUCAGUAGACUCUCUGGAUUCUCGGCCACUUACUGAUGGCGAGCAAUGACUCGCUAGCUUAAAGUAGUAUUUAAGAACAGUGUAUGUCAGACGGGUUUGUACAGAUUAUUGGGCGUAAUAGUUGAUAAUUUCAACAAAACUCACGGCCUUUGUGACUAAGAGAUAUAACCUUGAAGUUAUGAAUAUAUGAAAAUCAUUUAUGUGUGAACUGCGGAGUGAAUAAUUAAAUGAAGGACGGUCAUCGCAGUUAUAUACGCAACUUUUGCAGUUGCAAAAAGAAAGCCUGAAAAAAAUUCAGGCUUGUGCGCGUACGGGAUUCGCACCCUUAUCUCUGCGAUACCGGUGCAGCGCUCUACCAGUUAAGCUAACAAACCAGCUGGGAGCAGGUCGUUGAUCGAAUUGGUUCGUUAUAAACCCGUUAAAGGAUGAUGAUGAAGUGAACUUAUGAGCACAAACCCAGUUCUAGCCGACAAUGAUUAUAAUGAUUAUUCGAAUAACUUCAAUCGUGUUGAAAAUUUUGCUUGGACACUACUUGAUAUCAAAAGUUCGAGCACGAGUUUAACCCUUAUACACUCCAAGCAAAAUAUCAGGUACGUAAAAAGUCAGAAUUUCGAAAGAAAAAAAAACAAACUAGCACCGUGUGAAAGUUCUGACUAAGAGAAGAUUCAUUUGAAAUGAUACGUAUUCACCACUAGGAAAUGUCCACAGACUCCAAACUUAGAGUGCAUUUUUCUCCAUAUUUGAUUUUAUGAUUUGUAAAACAAGAUUAAUUGACUUUAGCGGGCUUUUUUAGAUUUGAAGCUUUUUCAUCCAGAAAAUUUUGCAGCAAUAAAGACAAAUUAGAGACAACACAUUUUUGUACAUUCAAUAGGAAAAGUUUACAUAAGAAAUGUAAGAACUUACUCUGAAUAAAGUGAAUAAUCAUUCAUAAAGAUAAUUCAUAUCUUCAAUCCAUUGUAAACUCACUCAAAGGUUGUUUUGCCGAUUUUGACACCAUUGUUCUGGUAACAAAAGCAGACUUAAAACCUAGGUCUUAAUGACUUCUGAUCUAUGCUUAUAUACCUCUUAUAAACAAUUCGACUAGAGUUAUUUGCUGCAAUAAAUUAGCCACGAAGCAUAAAUGUGUGGAUCCAUGUAACCACGAGACCCGGCAAAAGUUCAUCAUGGCUCACGGUUAUUCUUUUCAGGAGCUAGCUAAAAAAGACGCGAUAUACAUUGAUAAAGUAAAGAAAGCCUUGGAUAAAAAUUCAACCUACGAUAUUGAACUAAAGAAAUCGUUGUCGUGUCUACAGAAAGAGCGAAGAAGUUUUAUUAAUACCUUGAGCAAGGAGAAGCUCGAUUUCCUAAAAAGGAAAUGCAAACUGCCAUCUAUCCGCCUUGCUCAAUCUGGUCGUGAAAGAGAAAAUGCACAGACAAAAAUUGCCGAGUUUUGUUGUGAUGUUUGGUCAAAGGACGCUUUAAAACGGCGUUCAGACUCCCCAGUAUCGGAAUUAAGAUGCAGCAGCUCAGCGUCCAGCAAAGAUAUGAACUCAUUUCUUCGUGAAAAGAGCGUUCUUUCCGAAAGUGGUUCUACAAUAAAAAGGAAUAGUUCCUUGGACCAACCACGGAUUGCCUGGCUCUCAAAAGACGCGGAAAACAAAGGCUCUGCCACCGAUCGAACUAACUCGCCGUCUUUAGAAUAUCCGCCUCAACGUUCAUCACCCUCACCUCAUUCACUAUAUUUUCGUUCGCUUGAACAAACAGAUCUAGAACGGUGUCGUUCACUUCCCGGCUCACCUUGUGGUAGGCGACGCGCUAACACGUUGGACACUCCAAGAAACUUGUUUCAUGCUAAGAGUUUUGAUAACUUGAAGAGGCCUGUUGAGCGCUCACAGUCUACACCGUUACGAGAUCCAAGGCCUCGCGCCGAGUCGACACCUCCUGAUUUUGAGGUAAGUUUCUUUUUAGAGAAAGCUCUGACUCUCACCAGAGAACAAACAGAAGGACAGGACUGAAGUUUAUGCAUCAACUGGAAGGCUAAAGGCAACAUGAUUAGAUCAUGGCGGGUUAAAAUUGUGCCAUCUUAGCAGACAUGCGUCACUGAGCGAAAAAGUUGGUGUUAUCUUCUUGUCGUACAAUUCAGCGAGUAAUCAGUCGAGUACAAUGAGUUUAAAUGUCGAUUUACCUGCCCUAUUACUUGCCUGGAAUUGUGCGAUACGAAUUCCUAUCACCAAUCAAUUGUGUCAAUAACAGAAUGAGGAGGGUCUGAUUGGGGUUUAGUGUUUAGUGUUAGUUGCCCCAAAGUUUUAGUAUUUACUGUUAAAUUGGCCAUUUUUUAAUGUUUCUGAAGAAAAUACUGUUAAGUGUUUGGAGGGUUCUUCGGACAUGUUCGGCAGUGGUCGGACCUCUUCGUUAGUCUUCGGAAAUCUUCGACAAUCUUCGAUAGCCUUUGGAAAUCUGAAAUAAAUUGUUGUCAAAUGGCCGAAAACUCUUGAUAUACUAAACAAAAUAAUAUUGGCCUUUUCGGAGCCGUUUUGCUUCUUUCUGGAACAAAUUUACAUUUUCGAACAAUUUUUUACUGUUGGUUAAAAUGCCUAAGAUUUAACUGUUUCAUGUUACAAAGCCAAAAAAUGAGGGCAUCUCAGUUUUGGAAUAUUUAUUACAGUAUUGUACAAAACGAUUGUUAUUACAUCAGCUUACAGCUUCCUUAAUUCGUUUAGUAAGAUGUUUCCUUUAAUUCGGUGCUAUCCAACGGAAGAGUGUUUUUUAAUACUUGAAUUGAUGUUCAGUUAUUUUUCCACCUACCUCUCGAUUACCUCGCUCGGUGCAUUGCCCGUAAUACAAAUAAAAACAGCUAGUAAACCAUCAAAAGAGCUGUUAUUUAGCUUCAAUGGUGUCAAACCCGUAAGAAAACAUUUCUACAUAGUCUGAAAUGUCUGCCGUUUCCACCCCCUUACAGCGUGGGGCAGGCUGUCAUUUCAGACUAUUUUCACGGAUAAAAAGUUGCCCAUUUGUUUGGUUACCGACCGUUGUUUAAACUUUCUAAAAAAAAUCAGAUGCUACCAAAGUUCUCCUUUAAAGAUUUUUAUAGCCAGCAUCAUGAGCUUUCUUGGCAGUCUCUUAAUAUGACGUCAUUCGGUCUAACGUGAAAUUUGCGGAAGAUGCAUUUGCUGCGUGUUAAACGAAAGUUCCUUUGGCCUCAUUAAAUAUUUCGCGUGGCCUUUGCAAGCGUUUCGUCACCGAAAUUUAUCGACAGUGAAGGCCUGGAAAAGCGUUGUAUAGGGAAAGAGCAUUCAGCGAAACAGUGGCUCAACCAGCUUUGAUUUUCUCUAUCUCGUAAGCUGUUCUAAUGUGGCGCGCGCCUAGAGCAGGGGGCAUGGAGACUAGGUCUGGCUGUCUUCUGAUGCUGGCUCUGCGUUAAACCUUAAAGUUGCCACAAACAAUAAUCAAAAACAACGUUUCCGCUACGCAGCCCCCGGAUUUAUAUGAGGAGCAAUACAAUUAUGAUGACUAAGUCUUUGAUAAAUACUGAUUUAUUUCUUAACUUGGCCAGUUAUUAAUUAUUAUUUUUUUCAUUCAAGGAGGCAAACAAUUCGUUGAUGUCACCGCGAGCCCCUGUGUCACCUCGGAUAAGACGGUUGCGGCUGGCAUCUUUUCAUGGUACAGGAGCUGGCCAAUCAGAAGGUUCUCAAGACGAUUCACUCGAGCCCCGCUUACCAAGGCUUCAAGGCUCACGGGGAUCUCUAUCGGGAUCAUCGAGAGAAGGACAAGAAAGGCAGAAACGUCGAUUUCACGGCAUGGCCCCAGAAAAACUUGCCAUCGAGUUAUCUCCACGGCAGGAAGCACUAAGCCAUCCAAAUAUUUCAUCCAAACUUGUGGAAAGGCAGCAUCAUCCUGCCGGUGUCGUGGGAAAAAAGGAUUUCAACGGACGAUCUACAAAAACUGAUUUUGCUAAAGAAGAAGCAGAAUUUGUUGAAACGUCAGUAGUACAAGGUGAUGGUCAAUUUGGGUGGUAUACCAAUGAUGAUGAUCAGGAGGCGAGUGGCAGUGACGAAGGCGAAAACGAAGAAAACCCUUUCACUUUUCAAUUUAAUGAAAAGAAGAUUCACUCUAUGGAAGAGAUUCAAUACACCCGCUACCUGCGUAUGAAAUCUCCGAAUCACUGGCUGCCAAAGAUGGGAAAGGUUCCGCUAAAUUUGCUUUCGUCAUCCAUCAUUGUCGGGCACACAAGGUUACCUUACGAAACUGUGUCUUCUAACCAAGACGAAGAAGAAGAUGAAGGUGAAGAUGAACAGAAUAACGUUGAAGAGAAAGACAGUUCCAAGACUGGAGAUGAUGUUAACGAGUCACAGAAAGUCAAAACAGAAAACGAUGAGUUUGAAGACAAAAAAAUUGACCUCGAUUACUCAGAAAAUUAG